AUGGCUUUCUUUCAGGUUGGACAAAUGUUAAUAUCUAACGCCAUAUCUGUUCAUCAUUUCAAUCUCCAUUCAGUCUUCAUCCAAUCUUCAUAUUAUUGUCUGUCUUUAGAGUCUCGUUCAACAACUACAUUAACAACUACACUCAUCCUCCACAUGCUCACUCCAUACCCUGCGGCACCAUGUACCCAUCCUUCUACCGUAUAUCCCGACCUCCGCCUGCGUACCGCCUUUCGCGGCCUACGUCGUGGUUCCAAGACGAGCGACGCUCUCGACACGUCCGCGCCUCCAUCUACAACGACCAGGUCUUCCAGCAAGAGUUCUUCACCGACCCCUCCGACCCCUUCUCCGGCUCGCACGAGCUUAUCCUCAACCCCAUCGACGCUAACAAAGAUGACUACGAAAACCCCUACAAAGUCUCCCAGGAAACUCUUGAAAUCCCUUACGAGGGACAGGAGGAGUUCCACAUCCGGUUCGACGAAGACGUAACGGCGCCAAAACCCGCGGAGGAUGUCACGGCGGACAAUUUCAAGGCAGGAUGGCGGCUUCAUCUUGCGUUCGCGGCUUUAUCAGUCGUCACGCUUAUGGCGGCCGUUGACGCGACAUCUCUUUCCGUUGCUCUUCCUAUAAUGUCUCGAUUGCUGAAUGGAACUGCCAUUGAAGCCUUCUGGGCAGGGACCAGUUUCUUGCUCACUUGCACCGUCUUCCAACCCGUCAUCGGCUCUUUCAGCCAUAUCUUUGGCCGCAAGCCCGUUCUUUACGUCGUCUUCGUGUUCUUUGGUGUCGGUUCCAUCGUUAUUGCCGUAGCGAAGAACUUCACCAUCAUCCUUCUUGGUCGCUCAAUCCAGGGUAUCGGGGGUGGUGGUCUGAUCGCACUGACAGAGAUCAUUGUCACGGAUCUUAUCCCACUACGUCUUCGAGGUGAAUGGUUCAGCAUUAUCCACACUGUCUACUGCGUCGGUACCGUGCUUGGGCCUAUCGUCGGCGGCGGUUUCGCGCAGAAUGUCAACUGGACCUGGAUCUUCUGGAUCAAUCUUCCGCUCCUUGCCUUUGCGGCUGUUUUGGUGUUCUUCUUCUUGCAGUUGAACUUUAAGACGACCACUUUCUUUGACAAGUUGAGCCGUAUUGACUGGAUCGGUACCGUCAUAUUCAUCGCUUCCACCACCGGCUUUUUGAUCCCGCUGUCGUGGGGCGGCACUCAAUAUCCUUGGACAAGCUGGAGGACUCUUGUGCCACUCAUUGUGUCCCUCGCUGGUCUGGUUGGGUUUGUUGUGUACGAGGAGAAGGUCGCCAAGGAGCCCCUUAUCCGGAUGUCAAUUUUCAAGAACCGUACCUCUGCUGUUUCAUUCCUUGGAACUUUCCUUCACGGUGUCGCUCUGUACGCUAUACUUUACUAUAUGCCAUUGUACUUUGAAGCAGUCAAGGGGUUCUCUCCUAUCAUCACUGGGGUCGCCAUGUUCCCACAGAUGUUCACCGUCUCUCCAGCCGCCAUUGCUUCGGGAGUCUACUCCGCAGUCACAGGACGCUACGUCGAGGCAAUCUGGCUCGGUUGGGUCUUCACCUGCGCCGGCAUGGGCAUCCUCAUCCUCCUCCGCGAAGGCACCAGCACCGUCGCCUGGAUCUUCAUCAACCUCGUCUCCGGCCUGGGCAUCGGCAUUCUCUUCACCGUCCUCUCCAUGGCCAUCCAAGCCUCCACCCCCAACAAAGACAUGGGCUACGCCGUCACCAUGUUCGCCUUCUUCCGCGCCCUCGGGCAGACCGUUGGCGUCGCCGUCGGCGGUGUCAUCUUCCAGAACCGUAUGUUGGUGGAGUUGCAGAGCUACCCGUUGCUGGCGGAUCGCGCACAUGAGUACGCGCGGGACUCCUCGAGCCUGGCGGGCACUAUCAAGACUAUGGAAGAUGGGCUCGAGAAGGAUCAGCUGAAGGCGUCGUACGUCAAGGCGCUCAUGUGGGUGUGGAUCGUUAUGUGUGCGUUGUCAGGCGUGGGCUUGCUCACCAGCCUGUUCACGAAGGCCUUACCGCUUGAUCGUGCGCUGGAGACGGACCAGGGGUUCGCACAUCAGGAGGUGAAGAAUGAUGAGGAAAUGCACAAGAGGGGGGGCGAUUAAGUUGUUAAUAAUACGGGGGGUGGACAGUCUGAUAUUUCUGCUUACAUUGUUCGGGACGUUCACUGUCGAUCCUUAGGCACUUCGGCGUUGGGUCGGUAUCGGUGGCAUUUGCAUAGCGAGAGUAAGUUGGCGACAUGAACGAUAUCACGCCACAGCUGUACAUUUUAUCGAUCAUGUAUUGGUCUUGAAUCUCAGCCAUUUAAGCGUUGAAAAGUCUUUCUGUCUGUUCAUUCAGCCAAUAGUAAAUCUCAUGUAACCUCAU